AUGUUCAUUGACGAUGAAGACGCUAUGGACGGCCGCRCAUCUGYAUGGUGUGUACAGAACAUGAACACAGCCACCCUACUGGRCUUCCUGUGGUCCAUUCCUAUUGUGUCUAACCAACUAGGCAUAAGCAAUGGACUCAUCAAAAACAGUCAAAUCACAGCAUCCUCCUCGUACGACGACAGUCACAUGCCUUUUCACGCUCGGCUUAAUAAUAUCGUUAGUGGAUCCAAAGGAGCCUGGUGCUCAGCAUUUGCAGAUGAUACAGAAUACUUACAGAUUAACUUUAAUGACGUCACUUCCAUUGUAGGWAUUGCUACACAGGGACAAGCAAUGUUUGACAACUGGGUAACGAAAUAUAGUUUYUCMUACACAACUACUGGUGCCAACUGGCAAGACUUCAUGGAUAAAGGAAAAGUUAAGAUAUUUGUUGGUAACAAAGAUCGACAAUCAGUAGUUAGACACAGUUUCAAUGAAAUAGAAGCCAAAUCAGUUCGAAUUCGCCCCUUGGCAUGGGAUGGACUAACGAAUUGUAUGCGAKUAGAACUAUAUACCUGCGACAAAGCCAACACUUCGACUGCAGCUAAAAAGACAUUAGACUCAGAGGAAAUGAAACCUAUAAAGCAAACGAAAAUCACGACAAUAGAUGGAACAGUUUUGAAUAAAGCCGUUGUUUAUCUCAAGUUCGAGACUAUUAARGGUCUAGACACCAUUGCUGACCAAACAGACCUUCACAACGAUGCGCGUAUCGUCAACUUCGCUCGUUUAUCUCGAUUUAGUGAAAGGUGUGGUCGAGGAGUUGACCUUAAUGGCGGCGACGUCCURCUCAAUGGAGAACACUURAUUAACAAACCACGCAAAGCUGUAACUAUAGCAACAUGGAUUAAACUAUACCAUACCGAUGGAUAUAAUUCUAUAUUUGAUACAAUAGGAGGUAGUAACUCCACACAUACUAUGGGUCAAUACCAUUUGGAGGUAAAUAACGGCUCGGUACGGUGGUUCCAUAGGAAUGAAAAAGGCAUUGUGAUAUUCAACGUCUUAACACAAGUGAUUGUACCACCAAAUAUAUGGACACACGUGACUUCCACCUAUGACGAAACGUCCGGUUACGCCCAAGUCUUUGUGAAUGCUAAAUUUGUGACGAAGAGGGAGGGGGUGGGGGUGUUGUCGCAGGAUUGGGAAGGCCGCGCAGGGAUUGGUGAGCAUAAGGGAGAUCGUCUUUUAAGCGGUGCUGUGGAUGAGUUUUUUAUUUCAGACAAAGCUCUGUCACUUCAUGAUAUUAAAAAACUGAUGAAAAGAUGUGAGUUUGAAAAAGAAUGUUUUUCUCCAAUUGGAAUGGAAUCUCUAAAAAUAAACGAUGAUCAAAUCACUGCUUCGUCCGUGUUACAGCCACACAAACCAUACUAUGGACGUCUGAACUUAAUUUCAUUCUACGAUGACAUCAAGAAGAGCGCUUGGUGCUCAGACGACGACGAUAAAGAACCCUACCUCACAAUUGAUUUAAAAUCAGAGAAAACCAUCUCAGGGGUGGCCGUGCAGGGAGCGUCUGUUUACGAUAGCUAUGUGACGAGUUAUAAACUGUGUUACAGCGACAACGGCAGGAAAUAUGACUGUGUGAAGCAUAAUGGCACGACAGAGGCUUUAAUGGGUAGUGAUGAUAAAGAUAACAUCAAGAUUCAUUGGUUGAAUAAGUUUUUUGAUGGUCGAUUUGUAAGGUUUUAUCCCUUGUCUUGGUAUGGUGAGAAUAUUUGUAUGAGGGUCGAGCUAUAUGGUUGCAUUACAGGACUCCUUUCUGACAAGGUGCACAAGCAACAUGGUAAAGAAACCAAUCCAACCCAAACCAAUGCAUCAAACUGUAGUGUGAGUUGUGGAAAAGGAUCAUCCAAGCAAAUUAAACACUGCAACGAAGCUAAUACAAUCCAUAAGUGCAGUGCGGGGCAGAAAACGUACGAAGACCGUACAGAGUGUAUUCUACCAAGCUGUCCAGAGUGUUUCACCCCAAUGCGCAUGUCCAAUCAAACUGAUCAGAGAUUUUAUGAAGCGAUGUACAGACCUCACAGUAGCCAGUCUUUCGCGAACGGUAUGGAUGGUAAUGUUAUUCCAAUGACGGAUGUAUGGUGCGCUGAUGGUACUGAUAAGAAGCAGUCUUUUCAAGAAAUAGAUCUUGGCAAACCCAUUAAAGUUACAGGGAUUGGUAUCCAAGGUGAUAUAACCGCAGAUCGCUGGGUUUCGUCUUACCGUGUUUCAUACAGUAUCAAAGGAAAUGUGUGGAAUAACUACACAGAAUCUUAUCGAUUGAAGAAAUUUAGAGGAAAUGACGAUAAGAAGACCAUAUCUAUACGUCACUUAAAGCACCCAAUAACAGCGAGAUACGUACGUAUUAUCCCUCUGACAUGGCAUGGUGGGACGAUAUGUAUGAGGACCGAGAUAUUUGGCUGCGAUCGUUCAGGACUAAUAUUUGUUGGUAACAAAGAUCGACAAUCAGUAGUUAGACACAGUUUCAAUGAAAUAGAAGCCAAAUCAGUUCGAAUUCGCCCCUUGGCAUGGGAUGGACUAACGAAUUGUAUGCGAKUAGAACUAUAUACCUGCGACAAAGCCAACACUUCGACUGCAGCUAAAAAGACAUUAGACUCAGAGGAAAUGAAACCUAUAAAGCAAACGAAAAUCACGACAAUAGAUGGAACAGUUUUGAAUAAAGCCGUUGUUUAUCUCAAGUUCGAGACUAUUAARGGUCUAGACACCAUUGCUGACCAAACAGACCUUCACAACGAUGCGCGUAUCGUCAACUUCGCUCGUUUAUCUCGAUUUAGUGAAAGGUGUGGUCGAGGAGUUGACCUUAAUGGCGGCGACGUCCURCUCAAUGGAGAACACUURAUUAACAAACCACGCAAAGCUGUAACUAUAGCAACAUGGAUUAAACUAUACCAUACCGAUGGAUAUAAUUCUAUAUUUGAUACAAUAGGAGGUAGUAACUCCACACAUACUAUGGGUCAAUACCAUUUGGAGGUAAAUAACGGCUCGGUACGGUGGUUCCAUAGGAAUGAAAAAGGCAUUGUGAUAUUCAACGUCUUAACACAAGUGAUUGUACCACCAAAUAUAUGGACACACGUGACUUCCACCUAUGACGAAACGUCCGGUUACGCCCAAGUCUUUGUGAAUGCUAAAUUUGUGACGAAGAGGGAGGGGGUGGGGGUGUUGUCGCAGGAUUGGGAAGGCCGCGCAGGGAUUGGUGAGCAUAAGGGAGAUCGUCUUUUAAGCGGUGCUGUGGAUGAGUUUUUUAUUUCAGACAAAGCUCUGUCACUUCAUGAUAUUAAAAAACUGAUGAAAAGAUGUGAGUUUGAAAAAGAAUGUUUUUCUCCAAUUGGAAUGGAAUCUCUAAAAAUAAACGAUGAUCAAAUCACUGCUUCGUCCGUGUUACAGCCACACAAACCAUACUAUGGACGUCUGAACUUAAUUUCAUUCUACGAUGACAUCAAGAAGAGCGCUUGGUGCUCAGACGACGACGAUAAAGAACCCUACCUCACAAUUGAUUUAAAAUCAGAGAAAACCAUCUCAGGGGUGGCCGUGCAGGGAGCGUCUGUUUACGAUAGCUAUGUGACGAGUUAUAAACUGUGUUACAGCGACAACGGCAGGAAAUAUGACUGUGUGAAGCAUAAUGGCACGACAGAGGCUUUAAUGGGUAGUGAUGAUAAAGAUAACAUCAAGAUUCAUUGGUUGAAUAAGUUUUUUGAUGGUCGAUUUGUAAGGUUUUAUCCCUUGUCUUGGUAUGGUGAGAAUAUUUGUAUGAGGGUCGAGCUAUAUGGUUGCAUUACAGGACUCCUUUCUGACAAGGUACACGAGCAACAUGGUAAAGAAACCAAUCCAACCCAAACCAACGCAUCAAACUGUAGUGUGACUUGUGGAAAAGGAUCAUUCAAGCAAAUUAAACACUGCAACGAAGCUAAUACAAUCCAUAAGUGCAGUGCGGGGCAGAAAACGUACGAAGACCGUACAGAGUGUAUUCAACCAAGCUGUCCAGAGUGUUUCACACCAAUGCGAAUGUCCAAUCAAACUGAUCAGAGAUUUUAUGAAGCGAUGUACAGACCUCACAGUAGCCAGUCUUUCGCGAACGGUAUGGAUGGUAAUGUUAUUCUAAUGACGGAUGUAUGGUGCGCUGAUGGUACUGAUAAGAAGCAGUCUUUUCAAGAAAUAGAUCUUGGCAAGCCCAUUAAAGUUACAGGGAUUGGUAUCCAAGGUGAUAUAACCGCAGAUCGCUGGGUUUCGUCUUAUCGUGUUUCAUACAGUAUCAAAGGAAAUGUGUGGAAUAACUACACAGAAUCUUAUCGAUUGAAGAAAUUUAGAGGAAAUGACGAUAAGAAGACCAUAUCUAUACGUCACUUAAAGCACCCAAUAACAGCGAGAUACGUACGUAUUAUCCCUCUGACAUGGCAUGGUGGGACGAUAUGUAUGAGGACCGAGAUAUUUGGCUGCGAUCGUUCAGGUUCUGCAGUUCAUAAAAAAUCAAAGCCUAAAAAAGAUGCRAUGCAACAUAAUCACGAAUCCAAACCUUCAAAAACCAAUCACAAUGCAAUAACAAAGUCUGCACCAAAAAAGACAAUCAAACUAAGUCCACAGAAACAAGCUGUUACCAAAAUUGCUGCUAAACACUCAUACGUUGGUAAACCAAAAACACUAAAUGCACUUGCUUUGCCACAAGCAAUUAUUGUACCAAUAACAAAAACAAGAGAAUCUGAAUUCCAAGUAACACUCAAUCCAAAGAAAACUCAUCAUGUUAYACUAAUUCCUAUUGCGCAUGUGCAGAAACCUGGUUCUGCCAUACCAUACAAAACACAAAGUAUCCCACAUGGAUUAGCAACACAUCUAUUCAAAGAUCACUUGGCUCCUGUUACGACAUAUCCUCAUAAAACUGGUUAUUAUGCAGUUAAUCCGGUUUAUAGUCCACCUAACGGAAUGGCAAAUAUGUUAACAAAUCAGCGGACCUCAAGUGGACGARUUUCAAAUURCAAACCUCGAGUCCAACAAAGUUUUAAUAAUUUCGCAUCGGUAUCUCGUGUUAGACCUGGUCUAUAUGGUGUUGAUAAUUUAGGACGUACACCAGGAACARUACUCGAGGCUGAUACCAGGAAAUACUCACCUCYAGCUCKGUCACUUCCUGGAAAUCUGCGUCACGCAARACAACCUCAGACAAGAGUAACGCAGUAUCUCUCUCCUGCGCAACUUCAAAGACCAGGAUAUUCAAAAAGCGGUUAUAAAGCAGCUGUYCCAAUGCAAAGAGAGYUCAUUCACCCACCUGUUGUUAAUGYGAYAAAUGCGAAGGUGACUSCACAAUUUGUACCAAGAAAUCCUUCAUUGACAUCGRCCUCAUUACAACAGAAACACGUGACAACGUUUAUUGCGUCGACUUUAAAGAAUAAAUACAAGGACUCCAAAGCGCAUCAUUUUCUUGACGAGAGACUACUCCCCAAAGGUAWACUAAAACAACAAUCUGCYGCAAAGAUGGACUCGGUCAAUCCAGUCGUCAACGAUUAUAACUGGUCAUCGUUCACUCCCUGUACUGUCACGUGUGGYUCUGGCGUGAGGGAGCGUUACAGGAAGUGUAARGCAAUGGAGUGUCUGGCUGAAGGGACUGAGAUUCAAGUCCUGCCCUGUUAUAAUGUUCCUUGUAAAGCUACCACAGAGUGGACAGCAUACACUAGUUGUAGCGUUUCCUGCGGGUCUGGAAUAAGGACAAGAACACGAACAUGUGAUGGCAACGACUGUCCAAUUCCUGGAAAAGAGAUUUCAACUAUACCAUGCAAAAAGCCAGAUUGUCCAGUCUUGAAUUUAGACUUCGAGACGAUCGAUGGUGAAGUAGUGGUGGACAAGUCAGGAAAAGGGAACAACGCUUUCAUGAGAGAAGAAACACGUAUUUUACCAUAUAAGGGCAUCUGUGGACAUCARGUAGACUUGGGUUACCAUGGAAAUCUUAUAUUACAAGAAGAGACAUUUAGACAAAAGCCCAAAUAUGGUAUUUCCAUUGCAUGCUGGGUAAAUUUGCAAGGAUCGUCCAGAGGAAGUCAUUCUUUAUUUAGUACGUCUAAAGUCGUCAGCGAGAGCCAGGUUUUAGGUGGCUAUCACUUCGAGGUCGACGAUGGACGAGUCCGCUGGUUUCAUCGCGGGCGUCUAGAGCAACCAGUAUUUAGUGUUAUUACAAGUGACGUCAUACGACCUAACACGUGGUACCACGUGGUCGGGACAUAUUCAUCUGAUACUAGCAAUGCAAAGGUUUACGUAGAUGGUAAACUUCAAGCUUUCUCAAAAGGAACUGGCGAUGUAUUGGACGAUGACUGGGGUUACAAYGCAGCUGUUGGAAGUUUUGAUUURGAUGGACGGUAUAUYCGAGGAAAAAUGGACGAUUUUUAUAUGUAUGACUAUGAGAUUUCACCUGAACAGAUCAAAAAACUCUUAAGUAUCAAAUGUCCACAGCCUAAGAAYAAAGAAGACCAUCAUUUUCAGUUCUGGCGGUAAACGUUUUGGUUUAAAUGGYUAGAAAAGUCAAAGAGAGAGKAAAUGAGAACUCUUCAUAUGAAAACUUGGARGGACUAGAUGCUGAAAGCGAACACAAAGGGUACUCUAGAGAAAUUUGAAUAUACUGGACUUUCGCUUUGAAAGAGAGGUUUUUUUUCAACARCAAAUAUCAUUUCCACCACACUAUACUAUCUAUUAUGCUAAGGUUGGUGGAAUUGGGUGAAAAAGAUAAGAACUGGCUGUUACUUCAAGGAAACCACGCGAUUAGAUCACGUGACAAAGGCUCCUUUAGGAAUGCAUUAUGCGCAUUAUGUCAGGAUUCUGGUCACUCGCAUUGCGACAGACGAGGUAAUGGAGUAAUGGGACAUACAAUCGAGAAAGACCCGGGAGACAAGAUGCAGAAGGCUGUCCGCUUUCACUCUCGGACUUCCACCUCCCCACCCCUCCCUCCCUCCCUCCCUCCCCCUCCCCCAUAUUGAACUUCGCGAUCGUUGUCAAAGUUUAUUUUAUGUAAAGAAUGUAGAUUUAAAGCAUUCGUGCCUGCUGCUAUAGAUGAGGUACUGAGUAACWAGGGACUUAGGGGCGAUUCAUUACAACUUUGAGGGGGAGGUUGGAAGAUUAAAAAAAAAUCUGCACUAAAGGUUUUGUAAAUUUACAAAAAAAAACAAGCGUGCGCCUAUAGUCCUAAACAUUUUUUUUGGACAAAAUCUCCUCAAAGUUCUAAUGGAUCGCUCCUUAUAAUGGGAGGUGCGCUUCUCUCCAGCAGGGCACAGGGAACCAAGAAAAAAAAACGGAAAAAGGCUGCAAGGAGAAGAGGAUACUUCCUCCCCGGAAUAUACCCACUCCAAAAGGAAAAAAAAAUGCUUAUGAUUUUCCAUCGUCAUUAAAACACCUCUCAAAGCCUGUUUUCGUUUACUUGACCUGUGCAGGGGCUUGUGCAGGAGCUAUGCACCCCUGUUAUGAAUUACUUUGUAAGUUCCACCUCUGUUAUAAAUUACUWAGUAGACUACAAGUUAGCGUUAACUAGAMUAGAYUGCUCGCACUUAAACCAUGCAACUGUACAAAAUCUAAGUAGUACUAAUUUGUAGUAAAAGUGGACUUGAAGAAAGACAGUAAUGAAUGUUACAUUUYUAUCAAUUCGAAAUUUAAUUUGCUUACGACAAGCAAGAUUUACUAAACACAACUAAAUAGUGCUAUUUAGUUUUAUACAGCUGCAUAGUUCAAGUGCGAUCACUCUACCUAUCGUUGAUAAUGAGCACAUCAUGGCAAGUGUAAAUGGCAUUGAAAUGGACAUAUUUAGACGAUUAAGGGUUUUUUCUUAAUAAAUUAUCUUUAUAACAAA